GUUUGUUCGUACCCCUCUUGCUACACGCACCACUCUCUCCCUCACUGAUGGUGAGCUCCUUGCAGAUCCCACUGAGUACCAUAGUAUGAUAUCUGUAGGGUACUCUUGAUCAUGGUUUAUGGGUCCAAGCCAGGGCUCUGAGCGUUCCACUUACAUUAUGGCUUAUUCUGAUGUUGAUUGGGCGGACUAUCCGGAUAGAUCUCGUUCCACUACUGGUUUUGCUGUUUUCUUGGGCCCAAAUCUUGUGUCAUGGAAGUAAAAAAGAAGCAGCCAGCAGUGUCCAAAUCCUCUACCGAGGUUGAGUAUCUUGUUAUAGCUUAUACGUUUCAGGACACCUUAAAUGUCAGAUCUAUCAUGUUCGAGUUUGUUUUUCCCAUUACUACACUUGUGCAUCUCUUUUGUGAUAAUAUUUCAACAUCCUAUCUCACUGCUAAUCCAGUUCAGCAUGCUCGGAGUAAGCACAUUCAGAUUGAUUACCAUUUUGUACGUGAGAGAGUGGCGCAUGGGCCGCAUGGCGAUCUUGUUGUGAAAUAUGUUCAUACUCAUCUUCAACUUGCUGAUAUUUUUACCAAAAGUUUUUUUGUCAACAAUUUAAUUUUCUUAAAAAUAACCUGCGUGUUGUAUCUCCC